AUGAUUCACGCAUUGGUCAUUGGGGCCUCUCUCUUAGCGUCCGCCCACGCGACAACCACCAGCGGAAGCUUCACCGCGCUGAGCUUCAACGUCGCAGGUCUCCCAGCCAUCUUCAACUCCAACGAUGUCAAUGGAACAAAGACCGAGAAUGCCGAAGAAAUCGGAACUUAUUUCGCGGAGUAUGGCUAUGAUAUCAUCAAUAUGCAAGAGGAUUUCAACUACCACGCCUACAUCUACGAGACUGAUAACCACACCUACCGAACCUCCACUUCGGGUGGCGCGGGCAUCGGAAGUGGAUUGAACACUAUUUCCAACUAUGACUGGGUGGACUUCACCCGCACCAAAGGAUUCACCUUUAUGCGUUGGAACCCGUCGACGGGAGUCUACAUUGAUGUUUAUAACCUUCACGCGGAUGCUGGCACCGAGGAUGGCGAUGAGACUGCCCGCAAUGCCAACCUGCAACAGGUCGCUGAUUACAUUGACACCUGGUCCGUUGGCAACGCCGUAAUUGUGAUGGGCGACACUAACAGCCGCUAUACCCGCUCUGCCGAUACCGGCAUUCGUGUUUUCAAGUCCCAGAACGACUUGACUGAUGCCUGGGUGCAGCUGGAGCAAGGUGGUGUCUACCCCACGGCUGGGGCGGACGCAGUGGUGUGCGAUAACCCUUCGACGACCUUGAAAUGCGAGACCGUCGACAAAGUUCUGUACCGUGGUUCGAACAUCGUCACUCUCGACGCCAAUAGCUUCGUCUACGACGGUGAAGAAUUUUUAAACACAGACGCGGACUAUUUGGGCGACUUUCUUUCGGACCACAACCCUGUCCUGGUCAACUUUGCUUGGUCAAUGUCCAACUCGCUCCGGCAGAGCGAAUACUCCGGGGGUCCCCAUGGCGAUUGGUUCAAUGAUCUGCCGAACAUGCCAUCUUCUCCCACUGCUUCGGUUCUCACUUUCGCGGGUGGAAGCCGACUGGACUCCGUUGCCAUCAAGCUUACUAAUGGCACGACCUUCAGCCACGGUGGAACGGGUGGUACCGCGGUUUCUCUUACCCUCGGUACUAAUGAGCACUGGAUCAAAACCGAGCUGUGCACCGGAAAGUACAACAGCGAGACCCGGAACUUCUACAUCAAGGCUACUACCAGCGCUGGAAACACACUUGAGGCGGGAACCGCCACCGAUGACUGUUCGACUUUCACGGCCGAUGAUGGCUACGCCGUUGUUGGCUUCAUGGGACAAGAUGGUGACGAGAUGGACCAAUUGGCUUUGAUCUAUGCCUCGUACUAG